AUGUCCCUCAACCAGAAGGGGAUGCUGCCCUUUCCUCCGCCCAUCAGCAAAGACAGAGUCAUCCUGGAUUAUCCAAAGUGUUACUCGCCUGAAGCCAGUCUGCAGCUGAAGCCGGACUGGGACCCUCAGACCAGAGACUUCUGCAGAGACAGAGGGUCCAGACUCCAGCCAUGGGACAGGCAGAAAAUGUCCAAAGUGGUGGUGGUUGGAGACCUGAACGUGGGAAAAACAUGCCUCAUAAACAGAUUUUGCAAAGAUGUUUUUGAGCGCGACUACAAAGCCACGAUCGGAGUGGACUUCGAGAUCGAGAGGUUCGAGAUCUCAGGCGUCCCCUUCUCUCUGCAGAUCUGGGACACGGCCGGACAGGAGAAGUUCAAAUGCAUCGCUUCAGCGUAUUACAGAGGCGCACAUGUCAUCGUCACGGUGUUCGACAUGGCGGACAUCAAGUCUCUGGAUCACACACGGCAGUGGCUCGACGAGGCCAUGGGCGAAAACCAAUCAGGUUCCUGCUUCGUCUUCUUAGUUGGAACCAAAAGCGAUUUACUGUCGUCAGAAGAAAGGAGGAGAACAGAGAGAGAUGCAGUCAAAAUGGCCGCCGACAUGAACGCGGAAUUCUGGGCCGUUUCAUCAAAGACUGGAGAAAACGUGUCCGGAUUCUUCUUCAGAGUCGCAGCUUUGGCUUUUGAGAAGUGUGUUUUGAAAGACGCAGAGAACGGGACUCCAGCCAGCAUCGGCCGCGGAGACAGCAUCAUCAGACAGCCUCCUCUUUCAGUGAAGAAGAGGCAGCAUCAGUAG